AUGCCCAUAUUCGGAACUGUAAACCCUGAGGCUCCAUUUAGUCGACAAAUGGUGAAAGGCCAAACAAAUCUAAAGAUUCUUGCCAGUCAUUCUUUGUACAAUAGACCUGAAAUGGAUGCCGUCUUUGGAGACGCACUGUACGUGACAAUAUUACGAGAACCGGCUGCCCAAUUUGAGUCGGCAUUUGCGUUUUUCAAUAUGGCAAAAGAUCUACAUCUUGAACAAGCUGAAAGUCCGAUUGGAACAUUUAUGCGCAACCCAAAAAGAUACAUGGGUAUGCAAGGAUUUAGGUAUUCAGAGAGAGCAUUAAAUGAUCAAUUUCGUGUUCUUGGAUUACCUUCAUCAGCUUUUUUAGAUGAAUCGCUCAUUCGAUAUAAAUUUAAACAACUUGAAGUUCAAUUUGACUUAGUGAUGAUCAAUGAAUAUUUUGACGAAUCUUUGAUUCUACUAAAGAACAUAUUUUGCUGGCAAUUUGAUGAUAUGUUGUAUUUAUCGAAGAAU